GGAUUUAAAGUGACAGAAUAUGAAGGUCUUUUUCAAAUAAAGUGUGGAACUAAGAAUGAUCCUUAUGACAUUGAUCAAAAACUAGACGAUAGUAUGUCAGAUGAUUAUAAAAUAAAUAAUGAACUGAAUUAUUAUAAUGAAAAUACUUGGAAUAUAGAUGCUACAAAGAUAUGUGGUAAUGGAAAUUGA